UCUUCGCAUUACAUCCUCAACAAACCCACAAAACAAAACUCUCUCUCUAAAUAAUGUUAAUUGCUUCAAGAACCCUCCCAAUUACAUCUACUACUCCUCAAUUAAGAUUAUAACCAAGAUUGUAUACACAACUGGAGAGUGAGAAACAAAUAUCAGUCCGUCCUCUCUCUUUCUUUCUCUCUCUCUCUGGAGUCUGGGGGAAUGAAUAAUGAAUAGUGUUCAAUAAAUGAGGAAAUGGAUCGGUGUUGAAGAGAAGCAACAUAAUCUUGUCUGUCUGUGAUUUUGUAUAAGAGAUUUUAUGGAACGCAGCGGUGAAGAGAGAGAGAUAGGAUUCAAUCCGGAGUCGGAAUUGAAGCUGCCGCUUGCCCCCAUUGUUUCCACUCCGCCGGAUAGGAGGGGAAAUGCGGCGACGUCGUUUCGCCGCGGCAGCGCCAUUUUCAGCCCUAGUCAAACCCUAGAUCACCGCCACCGCGAAAUCCACAGCCCUCCGCCGCGCCCGCCGCUUGUGCUCAAAGACCCCUCCCCAGAUCCAGAUCCAUCCCCCCCAAGAGAUGAAGGCCCCUCCAAUUCACGGACUCCGCCGCCGCCAGAAGCUCCGAGCAAUUGCGUAAUCAGAUACCGCGAAUGCCUCAAGAAUCACGCGGCGAGCAUGGGCGGCCACGUGGUCGACGGAUGCGGGGAAUUCAUGCCCAACGGAGAGGACGGCACCGCCGAGGGUUUGCGCUGCGCCGCCUGCGACUGCCACCGCAAUUUCCACCGGAAAGAAGUCGACGGUGAGGUCGCGCAACCGUCCAAUUUAUACCAAUUCCGCACCCCAUUGCAAAACCCGGCGCACCACCAGCCCCAGGGCGGGUUUGCGGCGGCGCCGGCGAUAAUGAGCUUCGGCGGCGACGAGUCCUCGAGCGAGGAUCUGAACAUGUUCCAGUCCGGAGGCAGCGGACAUGCAGCAUUGCAAUUGGGGUCGAAGAAGCGGUUUCGAACUAAAUUCAGCCAGGAGCAGAAGGAUCGGAUGCAGGAGCUCGCGGAGAAACUGGAGUGGCGGAUUCAGAAACAAGACGAGCAGCUCGUGCAGCAGCUCUGCCAAGAAACCGGCAUCAAGCGCGAGGUUUUCAAGGUGUGGAUGCACAACAACAAGCAGGCAAUGAAGAAGAGGCAAAUUUGAUGAUCAUCUUUUAAUUUAGGUGAGUAACAACAUCAUUAAUUGAUUAAUUAAUUAAUUAAUCAAUCACCUCAUAAAUUCUUCCGAAUUCGAACUAGCUAUGUCCUAAUUUAGUAGGAUUAAUUGACGGCGCCCUAGCUAGCUACACCUCUUUUGUUACUACUACAUUCUAAUAAUAAACAGACUGAUUUAUCAAAUUUGUUGUUAUUGUGGAAUCAUGAGAUAAUCCAUGUCAAUUAUGUGCAAAUUAAGAAAUUAAUUGAAGGGCUUGUUUGUAUA